GCCAAUCCAAUAAUAAAUAUAAGAAAACAGGUAAGCAGAGAAAAUGAAGCCAGUUGAUUAAGCACUGCCAUCACAGCAAUAAGUCUCUCCAAUAAUUCUUAAAAAUUGAAAAUGAUCCGCAUCUGGCUAUUGCUAGUGACAGGAAGCCUCAUCUUCGUCUUUAACAACGUCGAAACGACUGCCAACGAAGAGCCAGUGACCCUCAAUACAGGAGAGCCUGAAGAGGAGUCUCCAGUUGGAAGACGUAGUUCCAGACGGACCGCUCUGUCGUUGCCGGCCAACACGAGCUGCAAAAUAUCUUUCGAUAUGUCAGUGGGCAUAAACCCACUUAACAAUACGUUCACGUCGUUCACCAUGAGUCUACCCUUCCGCUUCGUUUUGCCAACACACGCGCAGCUCAAUAAUCUCUAUGGUAAUUUGGAGCGGCUCGAAAGUGAUCUGAGCGAUGGGGAAACAACUACUAAGGUCAUCGAUUACGAAUUUCUUGAAGAGCAAAGGGCAAACGAACAAAGGAGAACAAUCUACCAGCACAUCGAAACUCUGUUCAAAAAGUUUGGAUUCGACGGAGAACUUUGUUUGCAACGAGCCAUUUGCGAGUUGGCCGAAGCCCCAUUAGGGCACUACGGAAUGCUGGGCAAAUUAAUUCAUCUCGUUUUCUCGCCACGUCUGCUGCGAUUUCCCGAGAUGAUGAGGCGAUUUCUAGCGGGCCAUGGCAACGCCAAUCGUUUUAGACGCGAUGCUUCGUUGCUGUCCGAACUGGAACUGAUAGAGAAGCCGGUCGAAGACCAAUACACUCGUGCGUAUCUCGCUGGAACGGAACGCAAGUGCUGGGCGCGUUACUCCUCCUGCCCCAUUUCGUUGUUUACGCUUUUGAAUAUUUAACUGGUUGGACGCGCUCUCGUUGUCUCACAGACUUUAAUUUGAAGCUCGUGAUUGUUUUAGCUGCUCAGCAGUUCACUU